AAAGAAAACAUGGCUGAGAGGCUUGCAUUGUCCUGCUUGUCUUGUGCUUUUUCGUAUUUUUUAAAGUUUCUUUUUCCUUACCUUUGUUGUUUUCCACAAUUUUCAAAUGCUUUGAUUUCAACAGUAUAAUUCUUAUGUACACUCAUCUGCACGUGAGCAGUUUGUUUUAGUUGUAGAAUGGUUUUAUAUAAAUAAAAAAAAUCUUACUUAAAAAAAAAUCAUAACUCUAACCCUAACCAUAACCUGCAAUUUGUCUCUCUGGUCUCUUCUGAAAAAGGAGGCUCUUGUCCCUGUAUUCUCUGCACUUAAAGCAGAAAAUUUAAGUCUGCAACAUGCUCUCAUGUUACUUCAGUUAAAAAUUGAGAAUUUCAAUAUAUUCCUUGACUUUGUACCAGAAGCUGUCUGUGUAAUUGACAGCAGAGAAGAUAAACUGGCAGAGGAGCUUCCAGAAUGUUGCAUCAAUCAGAAAGUUCUAAGUUGCCCAUGUUCAUAAAGGGUUGCCAAGGGCACCAAGUAGUAGAAAGAUGCAUCAAGAGUAAGGGGUAGCACAGGGUAAUGGCUAGUUGGUGGCCCUGACCAUGGCUGGGGGGUACCAACUAUGGGCACCCUGGUCCCCACUAGAUGAAUCUCUGCAAUGGCUGAGGGGCACCAUACCCAGGCCUGGGGCUUCCAAGCCUAUCUUCCAAGGUGGCCAGAGCCCAGCUGCUGCUGAUCUGGAAGUGCAGCUUUGUUUCCAGGGUCUCAGCCUGGUACUGGAGCCUAGUGCAAAGAUGGGAACAGGACAGCCACAGCCACCUGGAGCAGCUGGAGAGACAAGGGGGCGCACUGGGACUGUGCGUAAACCCCAGGCUGUGCGUCUUACAGGGAUUGAUUCGGUAUUCGGACGCCUUGUGACAGUACAGCCCCCACGUUGGACUGGCUCACUGAGGGUGUCAGAGCACUCAGCCUUCUGUCAAGUCAUAAGCACCCGCCAGCGCUGGCCCCGUGGGCUCCGGGAGCCCCAAGUGCGCAUGGCCAUGACCAUAUGCCGGCAAAUGCUGCGUGCAAUGCUCCUGCUCUACUCUGCCUACAAGAAGUGUGCCUUCGCAUUGCAACAUUCCCACUGAGGGCCUAUCUGGGAAGGGACGAAGGAAACAAAUCCUUGCUGCCAUCAUGAGAAUCUCUUUCCCUCAGUUACACCUUAUUUGAGAUCUAUAUACUUCCUACCCUCCAGUCUAUUUUGAAGCUAAACAUCUCCUACUGACUGGAGAUACCCAGAGGACAUCUGCAGCUGUAAUUGUCCAUUUUAACUUGCCAAUAUGUUAAUUCGUCAUUAUUUUAAAUGAAAGAAACAUUUCAAGUUUAUCACUAUCAAUGAAGGAAAAACUUCUGAAACUCCAACAAGAUUUUACAUAUCCCCUUUGAGAAACAAUAGUCACAUAUUUGCACAUAGUGAAUAACAUUCACACAGCAAACA